AUGUUGCCCACGGUUGGAGCGAUCGUUUCGGUGAUCCCUGAGCGAGGAGCCGGCCUGAGAGCGCCUCUACGCGGGGCAGAGGAGCGCACAGGAGCCGGUGUCCAGGAGUGGUCCGACGGCUCCAGAUACGAGGGAGAGUUUGUAAAUGGGUUCAAACACGGUAGAGGAAAGUACACUUGGAAAAAUGGGGAGUCUUAUGUGGGCUCCUUCUACAAAGACUUUAGACAUGGAGAUGGAGUUUACUGCUGGCCAUCUGGACACAAAUUCAUUGGCAAAUUCUACUUGAACAGAAAAGAGGGAUACGGACAGCAUGUGUUCCCCAAUGGAUCACACUUUCAGGGUUUGUAUCAUGCGGACCAAAGAUUUGGACCUGGAGUACUGACCUAUCCUGACGGUCGCCAAGACGUGGGACUCUGGCAUAACGAACGCCUGCUCCAACUCUGCACCACAGUGGGGGAGGGCUUCACUCUCAAGGAUCUCCCUGAAUAUGCAACUUAUAUGGACACUUCUACCACUGCAGAACAGAGUGUGCUCUGGUCUCAGACCAGCUUCAAACACCCUAAGUUUUCAGAUGACACUUACGUUCUUCCCACUGGUAUUGAGAUAUUUUCGACUGACGGAGACCACCUGCCUCUGCCGCCCAAACGCAGGGAGGAGCUGGAUCACUGUUUCUAUGGAGACGAGUGGGAGCCCGACAUGAAUCCAUAUCAGGGCUAUGAGAGGGACCCCCUGUCCACUCUGCCCCUAGAGGCCCGAAUGCAGGCACAUAUACUCAAACACAGACUGCAGGGGAAGAACCAGAGCUGGGAUGUUGAAGCUGUCCUGUCUCUGACCCGGAGAGGCUUUGGUCCUAAAGGUCACCUGGAGGUCAGUUCAGAGCAGCUGAUCCUCCAGGCUUCUCGAGGAGAGCACAGGGCUGUGGCUCAGAUUCUGCGCACUGGACUUGUUCAUCCUGAUGUGGCAGAUGCACUCAGAUACACUGCACUAAUCGCUGCCACGGUGAACUGCUGUGACGAUGUGAUUGAAGUCUUGUUGGACAUGGGAGCAGACAUUGACAAACUGAAUGGAGAAAACAUGUCCGCUCUGGCUGUGUGUCACGUCCUGUACUACCCUUUUAACUCUCUCUACACAACUGAGCUACAAGACAGUGACAAAGAAAGAGAAGUUGAGCUGGUGAAGUCUGCAGAGCCAUAUGAGUCUUCUUCAGUGAAAAACACACAGAAUAAUGAAGACAGACCCAACACCAUGGAAACGGUUCAGACACCCAGUCACGUCUUCUCAGAGGGGGCUGGAGAAGAGGAAACAGAGGACAUCUUACAACAGAGUGAAGUGGCCAAUGAAAGAGCGCUUGUAGCUGAAGAAGGAUUAGAGCCCAUUGACCCUCAAACUCCUGCAGACAAUGAAAUGGAUCCAGAGGACAAAACAGAUGAGACACAAGAAGAGCAAACUCAAGAAAUUGAAACUGAGAUUAAGGAAACAGAGGAUGUGUAUACUGGUGAAGCUGAGGCUGGUGCAGAGGAAAACAUAGAGUGUGAUUUAAAUGAGAAUGAUAAAGAGGAAAGUCAGGAAGUCGCUAGUAUAGAGCGGUCUGUUGAAGUGAAGGAUGGUAAAAUUGUGGUGGGGAAUGUGCAGUGGAAAGAAUAUCCAGCGAAGGGGAAAAUUCAUGGAUCAAAUGAAACCCCCACAUUUGACUCGGCUGGAUCAGUCAAUAGUUUUCAAAUCCAUGUGACAGAAAAAGCCCUGCACCGCUCAGCAGAGGCCCUGAGUCGCACAGGUUUCACUCCCAGCCUGGACACUGAGGAGACAGUCCGCAAGAUGGCCGCCAUGAAAAUUGAGCAUCGUGAGCGUCUGAAUACACUGAAGUUACUGCUGGAUCGUGGAGCCGACCCAAACGCCUGCAGGGUCCCGAUGCCUGUCCUGUUCAUGGCUGUGAUGGCCUCUGAUGUGGAGGCUGUGAAGAGACUGCUGCUGUGUGGGGCUCGCACGGACAUCCAACUCCCACCACAGAGAAAAGGCCUGUAUCCGCUGCAUGUUGCAGCUGCUCUGCCGGGGUCGGCUGGUCCUAAAAUCACCGAGCUCCUGCUUCACGCCAUCACAGACCCAGAUGCCAGAGCCUCUGACCAGAACGAGAUGUACCAGACUGACCAGGUGAGUGUUAUCUGUCUCUUUUCAAAGGAGACCAGUGAUGCCAUCAGAUCAACAGUGGAAACAAGAGACAGAGAAGGAGGCACAACAGCACUGCAUGUGGCCUGUCGGAGACACACAGACUACCAGAAUACAAGCAAAAUUGUGGCCCUUCUCUUAUCCCAUGGAGCUCGGACAGACCUGUUGUGGAGCGGGCACUCACCCCUCUCCCUGGCUAUUGCAAGUGGAAAUGAAAUGGCUGUGGAGGAGCUGCUCAAAUGUGGAGCUGAUCCAAACGUCCCUUUAGGAAACAGAGUGGGCAGCGCUCUUUGUGCCCUCGCCAACAACAACUACCAUUUAUGUGGCAACAGGCAGAAGCUGUUGGAUUUGUUGCUGAAGGCUGGAGCGGACAUUUUGAUGCCAGUUUUAGUGGAUAACGUUGAGGGAACCGCAGUGGACUACGCUUACUACUCCUAUCAUCAGGACACACGCAUCGCCACAACCCCGUACCACGCCCUCAGCAUUCAGGAGAGAGAGAUCUGUAAGGAGCGACAGCAGCUGCUCAGAAUGAUGGGAAAUGUACUGAGACAGACUGCUCUACAGAGAGAGAGGAAGAGGCAGCACAGGACCUCUAUGGAUGGACAUGAAACAAAUGACAGUAUGUGUGCUCAUUCUUCCCCUAAAGCCCUGGAACCACCUCUGUUCAAGUUCUGCCUUUACUGCAGCCGUGCUGCCUCUGUGAAGCUGACGAGCUGCAGCAGGUGUCACAUGGUUUUCUACUGCUCCAAAGCCUGUAAGAUCAAAUCCUGGAACGAGGGCCACAAAGACGAGUGCACCCAGAUAAUAUCAAGAAGUGCCCAGCUCCAGUCCAAACCCUGCAGCCAACGCAGAGCCAGAGGGGCUGAUGCUUCUCAGAAGAAUGAGCUCAAGACUCAAAGAGGAGCCAAAGAUGCUAUGAAAUCCAAAACUGUCCGGAGAGCUCUGAAUCUCAUGUACAAACCCAAGAUCACCAAGUUUAUGAAGUUUGACCUGAAAUCCAGAGCCCUGAACGUGACCGAGGCGACUGUGGAGGAGCAGCCCAAAGAAAACUACAGCUUCAUCUGAGACAUAAGAAUGUGCCUUUAGCUAUCAUAACUAACC